AGCCUUCGAAAGGAGACACGGCUUUUGUCAGUCACGUGACGUGCAGCUGUCACUACGUCACAGCCUUCGGUCUGGAUAAGUCCACAUGAACGAAAAAUGGCGUUCACAUUUGCGGCCUUUUGUUAUAUGCUGGCGUUACUGUUGACGGCGGCCCUUAUUUUCUUCGCUAUUUGGCACAUAAUUGCAUUUGAUGAGCUGAAGACUGACUAUAAGAAUCCCAUAGACCAAUGUAACACAUUAAACCCGCUCGUGUUGCCGGAGUACCUCAUCCAUGUGUUCUUCUGUGUGAUGUUCCUGUGCGCCACAGAGUGGCUGACGCUUGGACUCAACAUGCCUCUGCUGGCCUAUCAUGUCUGGAGGUAUACCAGUCGCCCUGUGAUGAGUGGACCUGGCUUGUAUGACCCCACUACUAUAAUGAAUGCGGACAUUCUGGCAUACUGUCAGAAGGAGGGCUGGUGCAAACUCGCUUUCUACCUCCUGUCGUUCUUCUACUAUCUUUAUGGGAUGAUCUAUGUUUUGGUGAGCUCUUAAAACUGGAUGCUGCUGCUUUGGAAGAUUGUAUGAAGUUUGAGAUGCUCUGAUUUUAAAACCCGAAAGGAGCUGAAUUUGAACUCUGCCGUCUCUCAGUUCUGCUCCGCUGUUUCAAAUGGAUGUUUGACUUUAUUUAAUCUGCAUCAGCCAACAGUGAUUCUGGAUGCUGGCAGCCUGCACACCUCCAGAACUGCGCACACACAAAAAUAAGACAUACACUAUACGCACAUGUCAAGACUCUUCACACACUAAAAGCAUCAGUAGAUGAGAUUAAUCUGUUUACACUGACUGGAUCAUGUCUAAAGCAGAGACACAAGGGCUAAAAAACUAGAGUUGAUGGAUAUGGUCAAAGAUUUUACUCUCAUCAACUUCUUCAAACUGUGGGACAAAAUAAAGAUCUUGAUGGUAGCGUUUUUACCGACGCCAUAGACUUAUUUUAUCUACAAAAUAUUACUGCCUUGUAGCUCAGUCGGUUUUAUAAUUUGUCCUGAGUUGUCUGCUGCUUUAGUGGUUUUUGAUCUUGCCAGUCCACAUUUCUGAGCUAAUACAGGUGGUCUACUUCAUAUUGAUGGUUCUUAUCAGAUUACUUUUAAUUUUCCAUUUCAGUGUUACAACCAUUAAUUACAGUCUUGCUUGUAGCAAAUGAGAACUGAUGCUUUCAGUGUGUGGAAGGCUUUACUGCACAUAGCCUGGAAAUACUCAAAUCUUUUUUCUUUGAAUCUUUAUUUUCUUGUGUGUUUUGCAUUUCUAAGAAUUGUUUUUGUUUACUGCAGUUGUAAUUGUGUUUUUUUGUGAUAUAGAAGAGCUGGGAGUGAACUAUAUUUUAUUGAAUAUUUAGGUUUAAUGUUGGCAUGAUCUCAGUGUGCCAAGAAACCAUUUUCUUUUAAUCCGUCAGUAAUCGUGGACCGAUUGUGAUUCUGGUAGUAUUUGAAUCUGGUGUUUUACCAGCAUUCAAAUCAAAGCUGUGUGGGUGAAUCCUGAAAGACAGUGCACUUGGUCCUAAUCACGAAUCUGGAUCACUUAUGUGAUAUUUAGAGAAAUAGAAUAUCUCAUAUUUUUUUCCUGCUUCAUAACCGUGUGAUUCCAGCCUGAUGUGUGCAUUUGAAUGGUAUAAAGUAUUUGCCUGAACUGUAGUAAAUUGUGGUAAUUAUUUUUCUUUGCUUUGUAAUAUUGCUUUAAAAUUCCCAACAAAAUUUUCAUAGACACUCUCAUGACUAUCGUUCAUGGCCCAUAUUACCAUAUGUUAUAUAUUAGUAAAUACGCUGAUCUCUUCCUUUUUAGUGAUGGGUGACACCUGCUGUCUGUACCCAUAACUCAAGGUUAUUCGAUUGUUAAAAUAUUGAUAGCUGCAAAAAAAUUAAUAACCAAACCAUGUUUUGGUUUAUUCUGAUAAAAUAUGGGGUUGUUUUUUUUAUAUAUAUAAUAUAUGAACUCCUGUAAUCUGAUCAUUUUAUGAGUGAUAAUCACUGUUGCCAAAAGUUGGCACAUAUUUCUGAUGAAUAAUGCGAAAUUCAUGUUAAAAAUAAAACUGAAAUUUCAUUUUCCUGCUUUGUUGAAUACUGAAAAAAAAAAUGAAUGAACACAUUAUACAGUACAUGUAUGUUUCAAUAUACAGAAAAUGAACUAUUUUUUUUAUAUGUGUUGCAAAAGUACAUUUAAUAAAAUGUUUUAG